AGAAUAGAGAGCUGAAGAAGAAGUCCAUGGCAGUGCUUGGUUAAGAAGACAGAAAUCAACACCCUUUAUUUAUUUAAUGGUGGCCUGGUGAGGCCACACUCUUUCACUCUUGUUGAAUCCAAAAUCCCCAAAUCACACACACCCUAAAUUCCCAAAUGUCAAAACCCUCAUCUCGAAUCUUCCAAGGUCUCCUCCGCUUCCACCGCCACCAAAUCUCCACCACCACUUUCCGCCGCACCUUCCACCACCACUCCAAUCCUCCUCCUCCUCCUCCUCCUCGCUCCCCCGCUCCCCCAAAACCGUUUCCCGCCUCCGGGCUCAGAUUCUUCUCGUUCAAGCCGGACGCCGGCAAUGCGAAGAGAAUCUUCGAGAAGCCGCUGGCGGCGGCGUCGUCAACUUUCCACCGGUACCAGGAGGCGCUAGGGUUGCAGGUGGAGGCGUUCUGGAAGAGGAACAAUCUGGUGCUGGUCGGAGCUGGAGGAGUUGUGGUUUGCGCCAUUCUGUGGAAGAUCAUGUUUGGGAUUGCCAGCACUUUUGUGCACCUUUCGGAGGGGAUGGCCAAGUAUGGCUUCUUAGCUCUCUCUUCUGCUAUGGUCGCUUUCGCCGGUCUUUAUCUGCGCUCGAGGUACACAAUCAAUCCUGAUAAAGUAUAUAGGAUUGCCAUGACAAAGCUCAAUACAUCUGCUGGGAUUCUUGAGGUCAUGGGUGCCCCUCUAACAGGAUCAGAUCUAAGAGCCUAUAUAAUGUCCGGAGGUGGGUUUCAACUGAAAAAAUUCAAGCCAACUCUCAGGAGCAAGCGAUGCUUCCUCAUUUUCCCAAUACGAGGUUCUGAAAGAAAAGGUCUGGUCAAUGUUGAAGUAAAGAAGAAGAAAGGCCAGUAUGAUAUGAAGCUAUUGGCAGUGGACAUUCCCAUGGCAUCAGGACCCGACCAACGGUUAUUCCUGAUUGGGGAUGAAGAAGAAUACAAAGUUGGCGGUGGACUAAUAUCUGAGCUGAGAGAUCCUGUUGUGAAAGCAAUGGCUGCAGAGAAGAUUUUUGAUAAUCUUGAUCAGAUUGAAGACGAGGAGGACGCUGAAAGAGAACGUCUGGAGGCAGAAAGAAAGGAUCGUGAAGAAAUUGAGAAGCUUGAAAAAGAUGGGAAAGAUGGGACACAGUGAGAUUUUUUUUCCCUCUGAUAGAAUUUUGUUUCUUAUCCUUUCCAUUCUCUUCUUGGUUUGUUUUCACAGAGGAGUUGUAAAUAAUGCGCGAGUCUUUGACCAAAUUGUCUCAGAUUACUGUAGAUUACCUUGCAUUUUUGUUUUUUCUUUGCCGAGUUGGUGACAAGGUUUAAACAUUGUGCUGCAAAUAGCCAGCUUUGGAAAUUUCUGAAAUUAAGAUGACCCCCUAAGGGGAAAUAAAGAUAGACAGUUGAAGCCACAAGCAUACCUUGUUUCUUUGCUUUGAUCUGUACUACUGUUCACACUGCUUCUAAAUUAUGCUAUGUCAUUCGAGAAAUAUGAUCCG